GACGGAAAUUCGUGAGUCGGCAAUGGCCGCCGCUGUGUUAUCUAUACGCGCAACGGAGCGUGGUGCUCUCGCCGAACGCUCCGGCAGCUAGUGCACGGACGCGGGCACGUCGUCGACGGUUGAUAUCAGUCUCACGUGGUCGCACGCGCGAGAAAUGGGCUCGAAGAAGCACAAAAAACACAAACGCGAGAGGCACGAAGGGAUUUUGACUACGUUUUCACCACGGGCAAACUGAGAGUGAGGUUGGAGUAGAAGUGAGGUGGAUACGAAAGUAUAUACCGAGCGUUCCACAGCGACAGGUGCGACGUGGAAAGGGUCAGUGGGGCACAACGACGGACAAGCCGCCUAGCCUGAAAUUAAUUCUAAAGGUAGGAGGCAGCAGCGGGACGCCUGAGCACGGUAACGAGUCACCGAGUCAGGCCACGAUGCUGUCGCAGGAUUACCAGCAACAGUUGGGCAACUAUUCCGUUGCCCAGGGGGACACGGAGUAUGACAGAUAUAUGGGCCACAAGAAACUCAAGAAGAAAAAGAAGAAGAAAGACAAACGGCACAAGCACCAUCACAAAGAUAAAAAGAGACGGAGGGAGGAGUCGAGUCAGGAGUCGGUCGGCGAUGCUGACGAGAAUCUUGCCGAGGUGCCGAAAAAAAUCCCCAAUCACCAGCUAUUACCUCCUAGGCCACCGUCCGGCGGCGAGUUGCGAGUUGGCAGUAUAAGCUCAUUGUCGCCACAUCGUGAGCCCAGGACGUGUGUCCUUAGGAAGAUCGCGGAGCGUACGCCGCUUCAGAGACUGUUGGAGCAUCUUUUGAGAUCAAUGGAAAAGCGCGACCCGCAGCAGUUCUUCGCCUGGCCGGUCACGGACAGCAUCGCGCCCGGUUACUCUCAGAUCAUUACUAAUCCUAUGGACUUCAGCACCAUCAAGCAAAAGAUAGACGACAACAGCUAUCAGAAUUUGAACGAAUUCGUGGACGAUUUCAAGCUCAUGUGCGACAACGCCAUGACCUACAAUCAUCCCGAUACUAUCUACUAUAAAGCGGCGAAGAAGUUGCUGCACGUCGGCCUGAAAAUGGUCUUGCCAGAGAAGCUGCGGCAGCUCAGGCCGGUCCUAACAUACAUGCACGAUAUCUCGAAGGAAGAACUCGGCUUCGAGUUGGGCACUGAGGAUCCUAAUAACCCGGAUGCCCCGGUAACGGAGGAACAGAUCGAGCGGGAGCGCGAGCAAGAAGAACGUAACGAGGAGGCCGAGGAGCUAAGGAAAGAGAAUCAGAGGAAGAUGAGAUUAGCCAGUUUAGGCAAGUUCGAGGCGAUACCGGACGACUUGACGCCGGAGGAGAUACUGAAGCAGGCGAGAGGGGCUGCGAAAGCAGCGGCGGAGAAACUAAGUCUGAAGAGGCUCAACUCGAAGAUGGGUUUCCUCCGACAGAAGAAGGACGGCACCACCAGUCUGCAGAUUAUCGUACCCGGCGACGGCAUCAUCCCAGGCACCAAUCAGAGACCCGUGUCGCUAGGGCAACUGAUAGGGAAGUUAAAUCACGGCACGGGAGCGUUGGCCGGAUUCCGCGAGGAUCGCAGGAACAUGUCGAAGCCGGUGAAAUCCCUGUACUACGGCGCGUUCGGUUCAUACGCCCCUAACUAUGACUCGACGUUCGCGAAUCUCACCAAGGAGGAGACAGACCUCGUGUAUCAGACCUACGGCGACGAGACUGCGGUGCAGUACGCGGAGUCGAUCUUGGAUUUUGCCAAGGACUGUGAUUAUACGUUAACUAUGGUCGAUGAUCUACUGGACAUUCUCACGGGCGGCGACCACAGGAAGACGAAGAAGUUCCUCGAGGAAAAGCGAAGACUGAAGGAAGAGGAGGAAAAGAUUCGGCAUCUGCUGGAGAAGCCUAAUCAGGAUGUAAAUCGUAACAUUCCGUCUCUGGAGAAGGUUAAGGUCGACAUCGAGCAGCUGAAAACACUCUCGGAGCUCGGCAUCGACGUUAACUUCUUGGAGAAUUUAGAAGAGGAGUUGAAAUACACCGAAGAACGCGCCGCUCUUCAGAAUCGUUUGGACGACACCUCGCAGAUGUUGGGACGGCUGAAGCAAGUCCAGCACGAACGUCUGUCGGCGCCACCGCCGGCGCAUCUGUCUAACGUUUCUAAGGCGACGGAGGCUGAGGUAAUGCUAGCCGAGAAGAUUACCGACAACCUUGCCGACAUAGCGAAGAAACUGCCACCCUCCGCAAUAGCACCGGUCGACGGUCUGCGCAGAGCGAUGGGCAUCGCGCCGUUGGGAGGCGGGCCAGAGCCCAUGGAGGUCGAGCCGAUCACGCAUAACCCCACGAUCGUCACCGACAAUUCAUUAUUACCGCCGAGCAACGGCAAUCCGGUGCUGUCCAACCUGUUGCCGGCGCCGUCGCCGAUACAGAGCGCGAGUCUCCUCAGCCCGACCAGUCAGCAGAGUCAGAGUAUCGGUAUCGUCGGCGGCGCGAACCAGCCGCCGAUUCAGAUACAGAUCGGCAUGGCGCACAAUCAAACGCCGCCGUCUCUGCUGAGCGCGACGGAACCGUCCGGUGUUACCGACCUCGAAUCCGAACUGCGCGAGUUCUUGGAGAGCGACCCCACGCUGGGACACUCGCCGCUUCACGACGACAAAACGUUAGAAGAUAUCUUAUCCGAGUCUUAGUGCGCGUGUGUGUAUGCGUAUGAAUGUGCAUUUGUGUGCGUAUGCUGUGAUUCGAGUGUUUUGGAAUAUAAAUUAAGCAAUAUAGACUAUGUAAGCUCUGUACAUUUUAUUACUUACACCUUUAUUUCUCAAGUACGGCUAAUAAAUCGAACAUUGCGCUGUAUCUCCUGUAUCUCUGUGUUCGAUCGCUUUUAUUUUAUUGUGCGGGAUAAACGCGAUAAAUUGAAUCUCAAGUUGUACCGGUAAUCAGUUCUCCCAGUUUUCUUUUCUAUAUGUCUAUUAUGUUGGUACAAAAGAUUCGUCGAAUUAAAUAGGAAAUGAAAUUAUCCAAAGUUCGAAUUGAAUUAAAUUUUUACGAAUGAAA